UGGUGUCCCCGUGUCCGGGGUGUCCCCGGCAGUUUGGGGUGUCCCCCUGCAGGGCCAUGGGGCGCUCCUCCAAGGACAAGCGGGACAUUUAUUACCGGCUGGCCAAGGAGGGCGGCUGGAGAGCGCGCAGCGCCUUCAAACUGCUGCAGCUGGAGCAGCGCUUCCAGCUCCUGCAGGGGAGCACUGGGGGGGUACUGAAGGUCUGGGGGGACACUGGGGGGUCAGUGGGGGGUCACUGGGGUACCCAGUCCCCCCUGACCCCCAGGAGCUCCGAGGGCUCCCCAGCCCAGGUGGUGGCCGUGGAUCUCCAGGCCAUGGCGCCGCUCCCGGGGGUGCUGCAGAUCCAGGGGGACAUCACCAAGGUGGGGACCCCCCCCAAAACCCCCUGA